GAUAAACGGCUGGACGGCUGGUCAGUGUUAAAAAAAUCAAAAACAGUUGAUUAGGUUUUUCUCAACUAAGAUACAGAUCUAAAAAUGUGACCUUGAAAAGCUAGACCAGAAACAUGUAUGUAGAAAAUGCAUGAUCAGUACCAAUCCAGUGUUUGUGUGUGGAUGAAAAUGCUACUGCUGGUGGUAGUUGCACUACUCAUACCUGUAGUUCAUUGUUGGAUAUCAUCAGAUAACUGGACUUAUCACGGGGAACUGCUGGGAGCUGAGAGCUGGCCUGGUAUUUGUCAAAAUGGAGUUAAUCAGAGUCCUAUUUCUUUACCCAGGAAGACUGCUCCCUUUGUCAAGUUUGGUAAUAUAACAUUCCAUUAUUAUCAUACAGCAAUGGAGAACAUAACUAUUCAGAACAACGGGAGAACCAUUCAGAUCAAUAUGGAUCCAUGGAGGGCUGAGGUGAAUCCAUAUCUGACUGGAGGAGGCCUGACAGGGGAGUAUGUCAUCCAUACAAUACAUAUACAUUGGGGGAUUGGGCUGAAUGAUGGAAGUGAACAUUAUAUUAGUACAACAGCGUACAGUGGAGAAAUACAAUUCUUUCAUUACAAUAGAAGAUUCAGAAGUUGGGAGGAAGCUUUAGGAAAACAGGAUGGAAUAGUAGCACUUAGUGUUCUAAUUUCUGCUACUAAUGAUAACAAUGAAAAUAAAGAACUAAGAAAGUUCAUAAAUAGUUUACCGUAUAUUGAAGAACCUGGAACCUACUUCACUGUUAAGAAUAUUUUUCCUCUGGAUAUAUUUCUUCCUAAACCUCCACUUCGUGAUCAAUUCUACAGGUAUUCAGGCUCCCUACCGUUCCCACCCUGCACUCAACAGGUCUCAUGGACUAUAAUGAAGAAGGGACUUGAAGUAGCAGUAAAGCAGUUGAAAAAGAUGAACAAAGUUGUAGGAGACGAUUUGAAUCCUAUGGCAGGAAAUUAUAGACCGAUACAACGACUCAAUUCAAGGAUUGUUUAUGAAAAUCUGUGGAACGAAAACUUAGCGCUAACCAGAAUUGAACAGCUGAAAAGUGAAGGAUUAGAAUUUGAAAAUGUUGAAUCAGCACAAGCUCUUCUGUUUCUUAUUUUAUUAAAAUAUUUAUAUUAAAUACCAGGUUGAAAACCUAGAAUAGCUGAAGCUGGACUAAUCGAUUGAAAUGACCUAAUCUCAUUUGAAGCGAUUUCCGAUGUUGUUCGAUUGGGUCAGAUUCACCCUUUAUUUGGAGUUUCAUGGUUAUAUGAAUAAUAAUAAUCGUUAUUUGUUACUAAAAUAUAGAUUAUAUAAUCAUUUUAACAAACUAAUAAAUUUCCUUAACAACU